AUGGAAGACCAUCGUCCGAUGCCAUGCCAACCUCGUCCAUGGCUACCUGAGCAAAGGUGUCCGACGGGUUUCUGGUGUCAUGAAGGUGAGGACGAAGCUAGCUACUAUUGCUGCCAAAAUAAUCGAAAAGGCCUGAAUCGCUGCCAUCUGCCUCCGGCGGUCGGCUUCGGGAAACCAAAAGUGCGGAGGUUCUACUAUGAUCCGACCAUUGACGGUUGCCACGCGUUGUACUACACGGGCAUCGGAGGCAACGAGAACAACUUCGUUAGCUAUGAACAAUGUGAGCAGACAUGCCGAGGUUAUGAACCACCAAAAGUUUUUCGACCUAUGUCCAGUUCUUCUGCACUCAUGCAAGUGACCAGAGAACUCUCCACUGAAAAUGAAACUCUGAACUCUUAUGGGAGUUUUGAAAAAGCUCAGCCGGCACAGACUGAAACUAGUGUUGUUAUGCCACAGCAAGUAUCGAAAUCAUUGGAGGCUACCACUCAUUCGAUCGCGUUUGAAACAUUCCAGCAACAAACAUCUGCUAUGCCUAGAACUCUAAAUCGUUCUCUUGCUACUUCUACUCCCGAAGAAACUAUUCCUGCUCCAGGACAUCCAAGAGGUAAACCAUUAUCGUCAAAAGUAUCUAUGCUGCCAAACUCAGAAUCUCGGAACAUUACACCUCUUAUUUCUCAAUAUACCAAUGUUGAGCCGGUAGUAUCGCAAAUUCUUCUGGUACCAGAACAUCAAACUACAGCGAAUGUUCCAAAAUUACAUGAAAAGAUUUCAACAAGGCCAAUAAUGAUCCACUAUUCGAAUCCAUACCCAUUUUUCGUUCUGGUACCAAUUUGCCGACCCCGGAGGAAUGGAAGGCUUGGUGGGCCAUGGGCGCGGGAUCGAUUCCACGUGUAUGUUGCGGGGCGCCUCCGACCACUGCCCCACACGCGCCCCUAUGCCCCCUUCCCCCUUCAAAAAAACCCCAAAAACUCGGUGUAUUUUCACUUUGUGGCAUUUUUCUUCUCAUAUUUUCGUGCGUGCCCCAUUGAAAGUAGCUGUAAACUUUUUCUGAAUCUCCGGCUCUGUUUUUUAUCGCCAGUAAUUUGGACAAAGCUUCUGCUAUUAAAUAAAGUCAGAAUAAGUAUAUUAGGUUCUUACAUGACAUCGAAUAUCGACAAUUAUUUUAUGAAUUGGAUCAAAUCAAUACGAUGUCCACUCCAGGAAUCUCCCAUGGAUAACAUCUCUGCUUGUCUUUCUCCUAUGUACGACGACGUGGUGAUCAUGUGCGCUCUGGAGAGCGUCCAAUGUCCAGCAGGUACUUUCUGCCAAAUUGGGGAUGGACAGAGCAUCUGCUGUCCCACGCCGAUCGGGAACAAGUGUGAGCAGGCUGUGCGAACCGGUGUGGGACCAUCUUCUCUUCCUCGAUGGUACUUUGAUCCAACAGUGCGGGAAUGUCUGCCUUUUCUUUUUCGAGGAUUUCAGGUCUAUGAUGCUAUUCCUAUUGGAUCUUCUUCUUUUGCUGCUCUACCUACUUUACUAGCAAGUCACUCAAUGUGCUAUUCAGUAUUUUCAGGCAAAAUACCCACAGCUUGUGAUUUGCCAGUGAUAAGCGGACAUGGAAACCAAUUCAUUUCUAGAUUUUUCUUCUCAAAUGAUUACGGCCAAUGCCUACACUUUAUCUACUCUGGAGAAGGCGGAAAUUCGAACAACUUCGCCAGCAUUCACGAUUGCCACCAAACCUGUAUGGGCACCGAGAACCAGUAUCUCUGUAAGCGAUUUGUUUGCACUUCAGUAAAUGGAAUGACUUUUUGUUGCCAAACACCAGAAUCGUUUUGCCUACAUCCACGUCCGCCACUGUCCGUUUGUUUCACACAGUUUUCGCCCCCUGUGCAAAGAAUUGAAUUCACCUAUGAUCCAUUGGCCGAUCGUUGUGUUCAAUUCAGUUACUCUUCAUGUUCACCCUCAUUCAACCUUAACCACUUUAAGUCGAGUUCGCAAUGUACGCGACUUUGCUGCAACCAGGUGAGGGCUAUCUUACAAAGCUCUUCUGAUAACUGA